AAGCGUUUAAUAAGGCUGGACGCUCCUUGCUACUCGCGUUUUCUUGCCACCGCUGUGUCUACUUCAGGGCUACUUGGGGAAUGUAUAAAGUAAUAUUUCACUAUUUUUUCUUGAUUUUGAUAAAACAGGCGGCUUAAUUAUUUUGUUGUGACAUUUCAUUCAUUCGAUAUAUUUUCAAGAAGCAUUUACAUUGUAACCGCGUCUCGCUACUCAACAUGAAGAACAUAUUGCGCAAAAGUCGACCAGCAAAAGUCAAAGCGCUCAAGCCCGCACGCAUUAUGCAGCCAUAAGUGAAAAAUUCGUGAAUCCGGAUUUCAUUCAUAAAACGCAAAAUAAAAUGGAAGAAAUGGCUCCAUAAAGAACCAAAACUUGGAGGCAGAAUUUAAUUAUCCUUCUCAGCCGCUUUGGAAAAUGGGAAAAUGGCAGUUAACAAUGGAUCCCGUGCAGGAGUGGGGGGAGGAGGUGGAGGACGGGGUGCUGUAUGGGAUUACUCUGCGCAGGGAGUCCGUUCCGGACGCCCCCAGCCCCGUCCCUGAGGAGGCCCAGCCGGCCCAGGCCUUUGUGCAGUACCGCACCUCCAGAGUGCGCCGGCUGAAAGCGGCAACCCUCAGCCGACUGGUCACGCACCUGCUGGACCCAGCCUAUCAGGAGCCAGACUUUGAGCACAUAUUCCUGUCAACCUACCGAGCGUUCACCGACACCAGCACACUCAUCGAGCUCCUCUUCCAGAGGGAUGACAUGGUGUCCGAGUUGGACAACAGCGAUUCCCAGAAGAGCACCCUGCUGCCCCUGAUCCGGACCUGGCUGGAUGAGUUCAGCGAGGACUUCUGGGAGCCGCCCCAGCACCGGCCCCUGCGGCUGCUGUCCGCGCACCUCAACCACCGGCCCUGCUUCCGCCGCCUGGCCCCCCGCACCGACGCCCUGCUCAAGAAGUUCCAGAGCGAAGAGCACAGACCUGCUGGCCUCAUCUCUGCCGUGCACAAGCCUGCGGCAGCAGUGCUGGAGGAAGAGGAGGGCACGAGUGAGGAAGGGUCGGCGUGGGAGAAUGCCGAGGAGCUGGGAGACUUUAUGCACUUCCCCGACAGGGACAUCGCUGAGGAGCUCACGCGACUGGACGCGGGGCUCUUUGUGAAAGUGGUGCCGUUCCAGUGUCUGGGCUGCGUGUGGUCUCAGCGGGAUAAGAAAGAGGGCCGAAACCUGGCCCCCACCGUCCGCGCCACCGUCGCCCAGUUCAACGCCGUCACCAACCGGGUCAUCACCUCACUGCUGUGCCCCCCCGCGCCCGCCUCCCCCGACCCCCGCCGCCAGCCCCCCGGCCCCGCCCGCAGGGCCCGCAUCAUCGAGAAGUGGAUCAGUGUGGCGCAGGAGUGUCGGCGGCUGAGGAACCUCUCCUCUCUCAGGGCCAUCCUCUCCGCCCUGCAGUCCAACGCCGUCUACAGGCUGAAGAAGACCUGGGCCGCCGUCAGCAGGGAGAGUGCGGCUGUCCUUGAUAACCUGUGUGAGACCUUCCCGGAUGAGAACUGCGUGCUGACCAGCAGGGAGAUGCUGGUGGAGGAGGGGAAUCUGCAGACUGAGGAUAGCACCUCCUCCCCCAGGUCUCCCAAUCUCUGCACCCUCCCCAGACACAUGAAUGGCGCUGGUGGUGUUGUGCCAUACCUGGGUACCUACCUGACUGCUCUGAUGAUGCUGGACACCGCACUGCCCGACACUGUGGGGGGUGGCCUCAUCAACUUUGAAAAAAGGAGAAGGGAGUUUGAGAUUCUGUUGCAGAUCCGUCAGCUCAAGCAAGCCUGCUCUCAGUACAGUCUCCCCCACCACCCCAACGUCGCCCCCUGGCUGCAGGAGAACAGACGGCUCACUGACCAGGAAAGCUAUGAUCUGUCCCGGGAGCUGGAGCCCCCGGUGGACCCAUGCCCCGCAUCCGUAAGCAUCUGGAACCACCUCCUGAUUUCCAAAAAACUGACCUCGCUUGUGACUGCUAGCGAGGGAUCGGGGCGGAAGAUGCAUGCUGACCAGAUCAGCGUGUCGUCCUCCGGAUCCAGUGGAUCCGAAAUGGAGGAUGUCACCACUCCUCAGCCCUCACCCCGCAGAUUCAAACUGAAGUCUCUCUCCAAGUCCUGUCAAGACGUGGGUGAGGACUUCCCCACCUCCUCGUCCUCCUCUUCCUCCGCCUCCUGCUCCCCCUCCAGUUCCUCCUGCAACUCGCAGCCCGACCUCUCCUCCCCGCCCCUCAGCCCCCUGUGCCCGGAGCCCUGCCCCUCUAUGAAACACCAGCGCUCCAUGUCCCUGAUCUCCCUGCCCGUCUACAACAAGCAGGUGGAUGACUCCUGCAUCGUCAGGGUCAGCGUGGAGAGCAUCAACACGGGCAACGUGUACAAAAGCAUCCUGCUGACCAACCAGGACAAGACUGCGCAGGUGAUCCAGAGGGCACUGCUGAAGCACAGUCUGGAGGAGGUCUGCUGCCAGGACUUCACCCUCUGCCAGGUGCUGUCGCAAGACAAGGAGCUUCGCAUUCCAGAAAAAGCCAACGUGUUCUACGCCAUGUCUACAUCCGCCAACUACGACUUCGUAUUGCGUCGUAAGUGGAGGUGCCACUAUAGACCGAGAGGAAGAGGCGGAUCCUCUCCCAGCUUAGGCUCUCUGUCCGAAAUGUGCCACACCACUUCUGUCCUGGAUGACUUACUGCAGCAGAAAAGAAAAUGACUCAUUGUUUAAACUGAAAUGGGCAUGCAAGGAAUUGGAAUGGAAUCUCCUUGAAAUGUUUAAGUGUUGAUUUAGUUUGCAUUUUAUGCAAAUGAAUACACACGUGAAAAAAACAACCGCCAGAAAGCCUCAGUGACCUUUUCUUUAGAACUGAAACUGUUGACUGUGAGCUAUUCAUAGACUUGCACGGGGCUACCGACAUUUACAUUACAAUGGGAAAAAUUGUAUGUUUCUUUUUUCAUUUUGAAUGAAUAUGAGAUAUGGAAGAAGAGCUAAGAAGCACUUUAUGAAGAGUAUGAGUAAGUAGAUGCAAGAUUGUGAAUACCUGUGAAGAUGUGAAAUAUCGGGAUGUCAGUUGGAGACUUCAGAAUGGAACUAUGGUCUGGGGUGACACCAGGCAUUCAUGCGGAAGCCUCUUUUUUGGCUUUCUAGUGACGACUCUGCUUUAUGUGUUCAACAGUUUGUGCUAAAUGGACUCAAACUGGCUCAGGCAGCAAAACUCCAUCUGAACCACAAAUAAGCAAGUUGUAGCAGAUAAACAUACUGUGUGCUUUAUCACUGAUGUAAGAUGUGUAUGCAGUUUCUAGCUCUGAAACCCUCUCCUCCAACCCCCAUCUAACUAAACGUUAUCUAAACAGAAAGUGUAAAUGUCACAAAAGUGCGAACGCUCUGUCAUUGAAUCCAAAGCUUACGAACCUCAGAAUGCCAGUUAAAGGGAGAGUGGGGGCACGGUGGGCAGACGAGUGGUCCGCUGAAUGAACACCACAGCCCUGUGCCAGAGAAGCUUCUGAACUGGAGAGAGAACGGAGGGGUAGCAGCCAGAAACGCACCCUUCAGGAUCUCCGUUCCCUGGUGUGAAGAGUGCAUGUGACUCAGGUGCUUCAGCAUGCCACCUGUCUGGCUGAGUGACAUUCCACAGAUGCCAGAAGACAUUUUUACCAUAUUUAUGUACUACUGUGCAUGAGGUGAGCCGUAAACAUCGCAGCAGUCAGGGCCAGAGGAAUGUGUUGAUGAUUUUGAAUAAUUUUUUAUUUUACCUAUUAGUGUUCUGUUCUAAAUGAUGGAUAACAAAUCUUUUUUUUUUUUUUUUUUUUUUUUUGUUAGGCUUGCAUUACUGAAUCCCCCUUGGCACCUCGGUAUUUCUCAGGCAAUGCUGGGUUGAAUUUCUGCACUGAUCUUAAAUGUUUACGUCAGCAUCUUUGUCUUUCCUCUCCAUGCCCUGUAGAGCUGCUGCCACCUCUAGCCCGUGUUCAUCCACUGAGUCUGUAUUUAGUAAUGUGCUUUGGUCAGUCCGGUAGGACAUGACAAACAUGCAGGAGCGGAGGUGGUGGCGAUGGAGAUUGCACCUAGGAACUGUGUCACCUGCAUCAUUGUUUUGGUUAAUGACUCCGGGCUGAGUGGAGGCUGGUUCAUAGAUUGAGAUGAAGAUCUCUGAGCACCUUGUGACCCAGACCUUGCUCAUGGGUAAAGUGUGUGUUUGUGUGUCGGAAGAAUGAAGGGGUCCAUGUGAAUUUCAAGAAUAUAGACUAUAUGAACAAAUAGCUAGCGUUAACAUUUUUUGUCUUUUUUGUAUUUAAUGGAUCUGCAUUGUUUUUUUGUCUUUUAAAUGUUUAACAGAAAAACUUCCUGUAGAAAUUGCUCUUGUUCCCCUUAACGGCCACUCUUGGGUAUAUGUGUUCAAAAGUUUUUAAAGAGAUUAUUUUAAAGAGAAGUAGAGCCAAUCCAGUUCAUGUUUCUGGAGAAAAGCUAUAGAACUUAAUGGUGUGCAUGUGUUGGGAGUGUGCUUGUUAAUGCAUUUACAAGUAUUGGAUGAGCUGCAGGUGUGACAGUGGUACUGUAUGUGAUUGAUUGUGAGACUUUUCUCAGGUGGGCCUAUGGAAUCGCUCUGUGAAACGAAAGCUAUUUCCUGGUCAGCCCUGUGAGAAAUGCACCUACAGCUCAGUGUUGUGUAAUGGCUUGGAUGAAAGUUUCUCAGAAAAAUAGAAUUAUCCAAUGUUAUGUGGUUAGCCAGAAAGUCUUCUUGCACACUGUCUGUUUUUUAUGUGAAUUAAUUUGUAUUUUUAGAUGUUUCAUCACUUUUAACUCGCUGUAUUUAUGGAAAAUUAUUAAUAAAAAUGUAUCAGUGCACUGUUCCCACUGGGAUGAAUUGGGGUCAAAAAAGACCCGAAGAAUGUACAUAAACUAGGGGUAAUAACAGUAAAACACAAUUAUCACAAA